UAUGGUAGAAGAAUAUAGGUAGACGCAAACCAAUUUUGGAAUUGAAAAUGUUGAAUGAAAAAUUAUUUAAAUUUGUAAAAAUUGUUGAAAAACAAGAAUUAUAAUAUCCUCCGAAUGACCUCGUAUAAGAAAACAUAUAAAAAUCUACUUAUAUUUGAAAUAACAUUUAAAUUUUUUUGACAUAUCUAUGCUCCCAAGCGUUGAUGCAUCUACCUGUACUCUUCUGCCAUGUUCGGUUCUUUAUGUGCCCAAUCAACUUUAAAACAAGCGCUCUUUAAUUACGCUAUUCAAAUAAAACCUGGAAAUGGACUUUGAGGAUUGCCCUGAACUUGAGGAACUUUCAUUAAAGUAUGUUGGCCUCGUUUGCCAUACUCGGUAUGGCAACAAAAACUGUAUAUGUAUUGAAGGACCUUUAAAGAUAAACGAUUUUUGGGUUAAUGUGAAAGUAAUGUGCCCGAAUUAUCCAGUGUUGGAGGGUGUUACAAUGCACAUAAUACAAAAUUUUAAAGUGGAAACAUUUACCCCCGCCAAUUCCAAAAUCAAUUGCAAUUGGACUGUUGGCGAACUUAUCGAUAAUAUCCCAUAUGUAAUUAAUAGACUGAAAAAAUGUGAAGAUGAAAGUCAUGUCCCAAAGUUAGAAAAUCAAAAUAUCUAUGCUGAAAUAGCUGGUCUAUAUUUACCCGCUGAAUAUGAAAUCCAGACAAAUGAAUCGUGUUCUCGUGUACGUUUUUGUAACUUUUCCCAGAGCGAACAACAUUAUUUGGACGUAGCACUUCCUUCACUACAAUUAUUAGACCACAGUUUACCCAAAUGUAUCGAUGUACCUGAAUUAUUGGGAAAAGCUACUUCACUUACAGCAUUACUACAACAGUUUCGAAAAAUAUUAGAUGAUUUGUCUCCGUUUUAUGAGAAUUUCGCGGAAAUUGAUGAAUUAUGCCACGUUGUCCAACCAAGUCUUCCCACAACUAAGGAAAAUUGGAGAUUAUUUGUUCUGAAAGAACGUGUAUUUAUAAAGCUUCAAUUUUCUGACCCAUUUAGUCCAUUGACAUCGAUGAGCGUACAUUUAAUUGGACCAACAACCGAGGUGACCAAUCUUCGUCGGGUUUACAGUGAAGGUCUGCGUGAUUGGGAUAAUGAACUGGAUGUGCACAAAAACCUUCUACGCAUUUUUGAUUUAUGUUUCUUUCCCAUGUCACCAACUGAUGACACUGAUAUUAAUGAUCUUGGCUAUUGUAAUAUAUGUUAUAGUUAUAAAUUGGAUCGUGGUGAAAUCCCUAUAAUUUCAUGUGACAACUCUCACUGUAAUCUCAUAUUUCAUGCUGAGUGUUUAAAGGAAUGGUUUAAUACUCUAGCCGAUGGCAAAACUUUCCUAGAUGUUGCAUUUGGAACAUGUCCAUUCUGUAAAUCGAAACUUUCAACUUCUUUCCAAGAAUUGUUAGAAAUAUAAGUUAUGAUUAUUAUUUUUAAAAUAUAAGGUAAAAUAAAAUUACAUUUACAAAUUUGUAAGCAAAGUAGAUAAUGGAUGACAGGGGUAAUUACUUGUCGAACUUCCUACAAACUUAAACGAAGCAACAUUUUUCUU